UCGAUCGAUGCCAACUCUUGACGGAAUUGGACGGAUUAUUGCGCAGAGACGACUAUCGAGGUGGAUAACCCUUUGGAUUAUGUUGUGCAGACCAUUGAGAUGACAGACGAUGUUUUAUCGAUGAUCUCGCGGAAGGGUUUCGUCUGGUGUUUGCUCCAUGCCUCCGAUAUAGACCUUGCAAUAAAGAAUGCCGGCGCCGCCAUCAUUGAUUCGUACAAUCGGUUUAAUAUUGCGGCACACUUGGACAGCUCAGAGUUUCAAGCUAGGAUGGAAGCUGCGCAAACACAGGACCAUUUGGACUUGUCCGAGAGGCUAGAGGAAUUAUCGAAGAAUGACCAUAAAAUCCUAGCUGCACUAGAGGAUAGGAAUGGUCACUAUCGACGAAUGGAAGAGCUCCUGGUUGGAUUAUCGAAACAUGUCUCUGAGAUUGGAGUUCAGCGUGUGAAAUCACCUGCGCCCGAAGAGAAAUUCAUUCGUGUGGCAACUGCAGCCUUGCAAAGGAUGUCAAAGUCGAAGCAUGGACAGUCCCCUUCGAUAGAGCCGUGGACUCUGACAAGUCUAGAGGUUGCGAUUCAUCAUGAAGAAAAAAUAGGAAAGGGGUCAUUCGGUAUGCUGUAUCGCGGCGAGUGGGAUGGGAAGGUUGUUGCUGUCAAGCAGAUGUAUCUUGAAGACUCUCGCGCCUUGGAGGACGCAGAGAAAGAUGUGUUCCUCAAGGAAGUGCAGAUAUGGGCACGGCUAUACCAUCCCAACGUGCUCCGAUUCUUUGGGGCAUGCCUCGAUGCCGUUCAGCCGUUCAUGGUCAGCCAAUACUGCAAGUUCGGAAAUGUAUGUGAAUAUUUGCGUGUUCAUGCUCCUAAUGCCAAUCGCCUUGUCCUGCUCGAUGAUAUCGUCUCGGGAAUGACGUACUUACAUCGGUCAAACAUUAUUCAUGGUGAUUUAAAAGGCGUGAACGUUCUGGUUGGAGACAACCAUCAAGCCCUGUUGGCCGACUUCGGGAUCUCACAGCUACUUGAUGACAGUCUGACGAACAGGAGCCGUGCAUCUCUUUCAGGUCCUGUACAAGGGACCCUCCGCUGGAUGGCUCCUGAAUGCCUUGACGGCGCCCGUGCUGGAAAAUCCUCGGAUAUCUAUAGUUUUGCGAUGACGGCCUGGGAGAUUUUCACCGGCGAGGUUCCGUUUGCCAGCAUAAACGAGCGUGUCAUAGCAAGGGCUGUGGCCGAUCGAGGAGACCGUCCCAAGUGCCCUUCCCGGCUUGAGGAUACCGAGCCAAUAUGGCAGCUCGUGCAGUCUUGCUGGGCCGCAGAUCCUGAGACGACACCUCCCUUCAUUCAAAUUCAAGCAAGCAUCCGGAAUGCGCUUCCGAAGGAGAAAGCCUCUAGAGCCACCGUGAGGGUCUCGAAGGCCUCCUCACCUUCACUGUCAAACCCAUCUAGUAAUGACGGCUCUGCGACCCUGCGAUCCUUCUCCGCGACCGACGAGGUCACCAGGAUGGGCGUUCUGCAGACCCGAGUGUCCGACAUGUUAAAAAGCGGACGGUACGAUGAAGCGGCCAGCCUCCUCGAAAAGCGAACGAUCGCGUCCGGCCCAGAUCAUCCCGAUACCCUACAAAGCAGGCAGAUCCUCGCUGAGGUAUACAGCCACCUGCAUCGCUACGAUGAAGCCUUGAAGCUGGCGUCCGAGGUAGCAGACGCGAGAAAGAGAGCCACAGGUCCUGAUCAUCCUGAUACACUGCAAAGCAGACACAUCCUCGCUUCGAUUCACAACGAGCUCGGGCAGUUCACCGUGGCCGCUACCAUGUUCGAGGGGAUUGUUGAAGCAAAAAAAGGAGUUCUUGGGACCGGACACUUGGACACUUUAGCGAGUACUCACUCUCUCGCCUGGACGUACACCCGCUUGAAACGAUCUUCAGACGCCGUCGACUUGCUGGAAGCGGUUGUCGAUGGUCGGAAGAGGACCUUAGGGAUCGGACACGCCGAUACCUUAACGUCCAUGCAUCUUUUGGCUGUCAUCCAGGCCUCGGCCAAGCACUCUGUCGAAGCCAUGCAUCUGCUGGCAAUUGUCGUGGAGGAAAGAAAACGCAUCCUUGGGACCGAACACCCCGCCACAUUGGCGAGUAUGCAUUGGCUCGGCGUUGUCCACACCGGUAUGGGUAGACUUACGGAGUCGCUUGACCUGUUGGAGGGCGUUGUUGAGGCCAGAAGGAGAGUCCUCGGAGCAAAGCAUGUCCAUUGCUUGGAGAGCUUGUACCAGCUUGCGAUCGUAUAUGACAAUCUAGGACGGUUCAAUGAGGCUACUCACAUGUUGGAAGAAGCUGUGGAAGCUGAGGAGGUCGUUCUUCGAGCCGACAGCGAGAAACGAUUGGACGCGAUGCAUCUCCUGGGUGUCGUGUAUGUCAGUCUUCAUAGGGAGGCAGAUGCCAUUCGAGUACUGGCGACAGUCGUGGACGCGAGACGAAAGGCCCUCGGAAACGAGCAUGAAGAUCUCCUCGAGAGCGCUCACGUUCUUUCCACGGCUUACAAUGCCUCAAAGCGAUAUUCAGAGGCCGCGGACCUCCUCGAAGGAGUCGUCAAGACUCGGGCACAGGUUCUAGGGAAUGAGGACACCCGGACGUUGGCGAGUGCAUACAAUGACCUGGGGCGGUCUCCGAAAGCCGUUGUUCUUUUUGAAAGGGUUGUGGAGGUGAGGAAGAAGGCUUUGGGGAUAGAUCACGGGGACACUUUGGAGAGCAUGCACCGUCUGGCGAGCGCAUAUCAUGGCUCAAAACGGUCUACAGAGGCCGUCAGGUUGUUUGAGCGAGUUUUGGAGAGGAGGAAGAAGGUUCUCGGGUUCGAGCAUACGAACACUACGGCUACUGCACAGUGCCUCGCCCUCGUGUAUUCCGAUCUCGGGCGUCAUACCGAAGCUGCCGAUCUGUUCAAGAAGACUCUGGAGUAUAGGAAGAAAGUGCUUGGUGACGAGCAUAUCGAUACGCUGGCGACUUCUCAUUGUCUCGCUUCCGCCUACGCCAACCUGAAGCAUCUCAACGACGCCGCCGACUUAUUGCAGGAUGUCGUCAGAUCCCGGCAACGUACCUUAGGAAGCAGAGAUGUCGAUACGCUAGGGAGCGCCUAUUUAUUGGCGGCGACGUAUAAUCGCAUGAACCGGUACGAUGAAGCCGCCACGCUAUGCGAGCGCAUAUCUGAGGUUAGGAAGGAUGUGCAGGGUGUGGAACAUGUCGACUUCCUGGAGAGCCGCCAUCUUCAAGCCGUCGUAUACUACAACCUCCAUCGAUACUCUGAAACCGUCGCAUUGGCGCAGGAGGUCACGACAGCAAGGUCAGCGACUUUGGGCACUGAGCAUAUUGAUACCUUGGAAAGCAGUCACCUGCUGGCCACUGCUCUCUACUGCAUCCACGAUUACGCAGAGGCAUUGCUCGUGCUGGAGGUCACCUUAGCAGCAAGGGUUGCAGCACUCGGUGACGAGCACCUCAAUACACUGGCAACCAAGCACCUGCUGGCUGCCACCUCCUAUAAGUUGCAGAGGCACUUGACCGAGGCUCCGACAUUAAUAGAGGAGGUUGUCAAUUCAAGGAAGAAGAUACUGGGGAACGAUCAUGUCGACACUCUGGAGAGUAUGCAUCUUAUGGCCGCCGCAUACAUCGAUAUCAAACGGUUUCUCGAUGCGGAGAAGGCACUCAAGCACGUCGUCAAAUGUAGAAAGACGAUACUCGGUAAUACAAACACAGAUACUCUGCAUAGCCUGGCCCUUCUAGUCGCAGUCCAUCGACUUCAACACAAAGAGUCUUCGGCAAGGAAACUAGAGAAGGAGGUGAAGGCAAGUGUAUGUUUGAUUGUUCAGGGAGGGGACCGUUCUGAUCUCAUGGAUCGUUCCCAGACACUCCUGAUCCAACUUGGCAAGGGUGAUUCCGGCCACGGAGAAUAG